AUGGAGCGCUCGCAGAGCCGCCUCAGCCUGUCCGCCUCCUUCGAGGCGCUUGCCAUCUACUUCCCGUGCAUGAACUCCUUCGACGACGAGGACGCGGAAGGAGACAGCCGGAGGCUGAAGGGGGCGAUCCAGAGGAGCACAGAGACAGGCCUGGCCGUGGAAAUGCCCAGCCGGACACUACGCCAGGCCAGCCACGAGUCCAUCGAGGACAGCAUGCACAGCUACGGCUCGGAGGGCAACCUUAACUACGGGGGAGUUUGCCUGGCAUCAGAUGCCCAGUUCAGUGACUUCCUGGGCAGCAUGGGACCAGCGCAGUUUGUGGGCCGCCAGACCCUGGCCACCACACCCAUGGGGGAUGUGGAGAUUGGCUUGCAGGAGCGGAAUGGUCAGCUGGAAGUGGACAUCAUCCAGGCUCGAGGACUGACAGCCAAGCCAGGUUCCAAGACACUGCCAGCGGCCUACAUCAAGGCCUACCUGCUAGAGAAUGGUGUCUGCAUUGCCAAGAAAAAGACCAAAGUUGCUCGCAAGUCACUGGACCCGCUGUAUAACCAGGUGCUGCUGUUUCCCGAGAGCCCCCAGGGCAAAGUCCUGCAGGUGAUCGUGUGGGGGAACUACGGGCGGAUGGAGCGGAAGCAGUUCAUGGGUGUGGCCCGCGUGCUGCUGGAGGAGCUGGACUUGACCACCCUGGCUGUGGGCUGGUACAAGCUCUUCCCCACCUCCUCCAUGGUGGACCCAGCCACAGGCCCCCUGCUCCGGCAGGCAUCCCAGUUGUCCCUCGAGAGCACCGUGGGGCCCUGUGGCGAGCGAUCUUAG